AUGGGGCCCCCUUGCCAAGUUUCAGAUAAAACUCUCCGCCAUGAAUCGCCGCCAGCUUCGUUCGACGCGCAGAAGCUCGAGACGGACACUGAACCUGAAUAUAAACCCCUCUGGCCCUUCGACCCGCAGAGGCUCGCGGCGCGGCGCGCUCUUCUCAAAAGGCUGACCGCCAAAAAGAUCCCCUUCGAGCAGGACAACGAAGCAGACCUCGUCCUCUCGAGCAGCGGCGACAACGGGACAUACAAGAUUCACUCUGUGGUAUCCCUGGACGCGUCGGACAUGAUAGGCGAGGCAGUGUACCAAAACGAGCAGAAGCACCAGACUAGGCGAACGCACAUCAAAGUCAACGGUCUCUUGCCGUACGAGCUUUAUCCCUGCUUAUACUUCAUGUAUCACGAAGAAUACCCUAAGGGCGAACCCGUAGACCGGGCGGUCGGGAUGCCCUUCACGUCCAGACAUCUGGUUCUGCACCCCACCGAACUUGAUCCAAUAGACGAGAUGUCCAAGAGCGUGAAGCGCUUCUUCACAGCGAGGGAGCUCGAGUGCCCAGGCGCAAUGCACGCGUCGACGCUGCAGCUCGCCAUCACCACCGAAGCCCUGGAGCAAGCCGUGAUGAACGGCCUAACCAGGGAUGUCAAGGUUUUCCAGAAACUCAUGGACCGCAUCGGUGAUAGCUUGAAAAGGAUAUAUGAGGACCCGGACUCGACAUGUAAUAAACUCAAGACCCUUCGGAAAUACCUCGUGCGGCUCAUGUACGGGCAACACAAGAAGGCGAUCGACGAGGAUAUUGAAAAGUACCAAUAUGGUGUUUAUUUCGACAAGUACGACAAGAAGCACACGCAAGAAAUGGACAUGUAUCGACGCCGCUUCAAAGACCUGCCGACGCUCUUCAAUGUCGCGGUGACUUUCAAAGCGUCCAAGACGACGACCUUCGGACAGACGGUGAAAAUUGUCGGCAAUGUCGCCGCCCUCGGCCGCUGGAGCCCUAGCAGCGCGAUUGCUCUCAGCGCAUCUCAGUAUACAACAAGCAGCCCAAUCUGGACUGGGACGGUCACGUUGCCGGCAGGCCAGGCCGUCGAGUACAAGUACAUCGUACUUAACACGGACGGCUCGAUAGCGUGGGAGGGGGGCCGGAACCGUUCGUACACGGUUCCGACAGAUUGUUCGACCACCGCCAAGGAAUCGGACACCUGGCAGAGUUAG